AUGCCAGCUGCUGGAGCGUCCGAGCCGAAGGCGGACGUGCACCCUGUAGCUCGCAACGCGCUCCGCAUUUGCCUCAGUGCCAAAGAGUACAAGCGCCUCUACGAGUUCGCACUCAAGCAUGGAUCACCUAGUACUCUGAAUAAGUUCCCAUCACCAUCGAGAUAUGAAGCCAUCGUCCGAUCCAAGAACAAGCACAAUGUGACUGCAGUCCGGACCUCUCUGCGGGUCUUCUUGGGCACCGGAAUGGUCCUGAAAUUUGUUGGCGCUAUCAUCAGCAAGCUACGAAAAGAGCCAUCGCAGAACAAACUUCGCACCUCUAUCCUUAAUUCCCCCAAUUUCCGUCUGUCACUCUCACUGUCUCUCACGCUUCUCCUCCAUCGCUUUCUGUAUCGCUUUCUUGUUAAACUUCGCUCGAAUCUACGCUCUGAUGAUGCACGGCCCUUUCGCAAGCGAAAUCCUCGUAUAUCAAAAGCGCUGACGUCUCGUUUUACCCCUGCCGUUGGAGCCAGCAUUGCAGGAUUCGCGCUGGGGAUCUGUCCUCAGAACCAGCUGCGGAUGACCAUCGCAAUAUACACAUCGACGAAGAGUUUUGAGUAUCUGUACAAUGUUUUGGACCAGAAGGGAUGGCUUAAAGACCGGCCGUCGUGGUUCGGAAGCUGGUUGCUCAUGCCCGUCUCCUGUGCGCAGCUAUUCCAUGCUUUUGUUUUUGACAGAGAGGCCACUCCUAAGUGGUUUGGAGAUAUCAUCUUAAACCUAUCUCCGAGUUAUAUACGAAGUCGACCUGAUGCCUUUCCCGCCGAUCGUCAUUGGCCGGACAAGUAUGAGAUUGUUGAUUCUCUUGGGACAAUUGCAGACCUCCGGUGGCCACCAUUUAUCUCCCCAAUCCUGCACCCGUCGAACCGGAAUACUCUGCCGGCAGCUGUGAAAUCACUCUCCCCGAUCACCGGGCCCGCCCAUCCAUCAAUCUCCAGUUUGUCGUGCGCCGUACUCCAUCCCGAUGUACCUAACUGUAUCACGGCAUUCCUUCAUCAUAUCCUACUCUCUGUACCUCCUCUUGCUCGUAUUCUGACCGCAGUUACCCUCGCACUCUCCUUCAGAAAGCUGAGGGCCUUCCUCUCUCACCCGAUAUCUGCCACAAAUGACAUCUCCAAACAUGUUCUCAGCAUCACUGCAGCACUGUCUGCAGCUGUUGGUACCGCCUGGGGCAGUCUUUGUCUCUGGAAUGCUUUGCUGUCGCGUUCUACCCUCCCAACAAAACGAUUCUUCCUCAGCGGUGCCCUUAGCGGUCUACCGUUUGCCUUCAUCAGCAGCAAUCGUACCAUCUAUUCAGCAAUUUUCCGUGCGGCUGUUGGCACCUCAUGGAAGGCAGGAGUUAAGCGGGGUGUAUGGAAAGGUCUCAGAGGGGGUGAGCUAUGGGUGAUAGUUGUCGCAUGGGCAGUAAUAGGGUCGGUCCUUGAUAGCAGCCCGUCUGCAAUCGAGGGCAAAGGACUACGAAAGGCCCUGGUAUGGAUGAGAGGAAACGGAUUCUCUGACCCUGUCGAGACGCGACGGAAGAAGGAGAAGGCUGCAUCCGAGGAUGCUUGA